AAUAUUUGUUAGACCUAAACGUUUUGCAUUUUAGAAAAAAAAGUGCGGAAAUCUAUAUAAGUUCUUUAAUAAAACUCUGCAAAAAUGAUAGAAAUUACUUGUAAUGAUCGUUUGGGUAAAAAGGUUCGUGUGAAAUGUAAUCCGGAUGAUACUAUUGGUGACCUCAAGAAAUUGAUUGCUGCUCAAACUGGAACAAAAUAUGAUAAAAUCGUUUUAAAGAAAUGGUAUACCAUCUAUAAGGACAAUAUUAGACUAUCUGACUAUGAAAUCCAUGAUGGCAUGAAUUUGGAAUUAUACUAUCAAUAAGCGUACAAUAAGUUCAAAAUAAUUUAUAAAUCUGCAAAUUUUUUUACUACCUUUAAUAGACAUGAAAUUGAAUUUAAUAAACAUAAAAUAAAACAAAGAAUGAUAUGAUAAACUAA